GCGACGGAAAUCAAUCUCAAAUGAAUGGACAGAUGUGUUUACAAUUGUAUGUGAAAAUGUCAAACUAAAAGCUCACAUACAACACUGAAAUGUCGAGAAAAGGUCCUGCUGAAGGCUCUGACCGCUUUGAAUAUUUACAAACCUUGGUCACUGAAUUUCAGGACACGGACAGUGAAGAGGCUAAGGAGCAAGUCCUGGCAAAUCUGGCAAAUUUCUCAUAUGAUCCAAAGAACUAUGACCAUCUCAGGGACCUACAAGUAACUGACCUCUUUUUAGACAUGCUAACUGAAGAGAAUGAGAAUUUUGUAGAGUUUGGCAUGGGGGGACUGUGUAACCUAAGCAUGGUGCCUGAAUUUAGAGACUUUAUUCUCCAGAAUGAUGGAAUAAACUUGAUUACAAAUUGCUUAUCAAGUCGAAAUGAAGAGACUGUUUUGUCAGCCAUCACCACCCUUAUGAACCUCAUCACAGCUAACUCUCGCUCUGAAAUCACACAGCCAGGGGUACUGCACUGUAUGCUGCGUUUCUCUCUCUCCGAAAGCCCUCGUCUCAGGAACUUGGCUUCAGUUUUUCUCCAGGACUGUUGCAGCAAUGAGCAGGUGGCCCAGGCAGAAGAGCAGAUGCAAGGACAGCAGCAGACCGCACUUGGGAUACCACUGCCCAAAGAUUAAAUUUAUAAUACUAUAACAUUUUAUUCCUUGAUACUGUGAUAGAAACAUGAGAUCUACAAUGUCUUCU